AUACAGUGUGAUCUCUGGGAAACGUUUUCAUAUGCUUGUCGUUGGUUGCAACAUUCAACAUAAGCGAUGUUAAUAUGAACCUGGAUAGUAUAUAAUUAAGACAUAAUUUUUGGGGGGUUCUUUUAUUGGAAACUUUUGACAUGGUGAAAGAAAAACCAAAUUCGAUAAGAACUUAUGACAAGGAUGGAUUCAGACGACGAGCAGCAUGCUUGUGCUUCAAAGAUCAUAAAGAGGAGGAGCUUCUUCUUGUGACAAGUAGCAAAGACAGGGAAAAAUGGGUAGUGCCAGGUGGUGGAAUGGAGCCCACCGAAGAGUCGCACACCACCGCUGAAAGAGAGGCCCUAGAGGAAGCGGGGGUCAGGGGGACAUUAGGGAGAUACCUGGGCAUGUUUGAG